AUUAAACUAGCAGAAGCUGAGUUAUGUGACAACUAAGAAUUCCAGGAAUCACUACGAAGAAAGAAAAAAUAUUAAAUUAUACUCUCAUAUCCUUACGUAGGCUAGUGGUUAGAUGUAAUGGCGUUCUUUCGGAUACUCAUUCUAUUGAAGAGAUAAAAGUAAAUCUAUAUAAAUUCGGAUUAAUUUCCAACUCUUCAUUUGCAAAUUCAAAGUUAAGUAGAAGUGUGUCAAGAAUGACUUCCCUGGAGUGCGUUUUCGUGGCUGGCCUGUGCCACGUGAUGCACUACCUAGCUUGGUCUUCCAAAAGAUCGGACAUCCCGCGGUUCCAGUUACCAUCUCUGAUUGUGGGUCUGGCAGCGAUGGAUCUGAUAUGGGACAACUGCUUUAUUCCCCGGCGACUUCAAAUUAUGCCGGCAGUCCUCAAGCGCGUAUACGAGUUGGCGGUGGCUUUCAUUCUGUUGGAGAUUGCCGUCCACGUCAUCUGGAAGGCAGUUGAGAGAGGCUGUUUCUUCCUGAUCAAGGUAAUACUCAUCGGAACGGGUCUCGUGUCGGAGUAUAAUUAUUACAAGUACGAAAAUUACUGGGUGGGCAGCGUUACUGUGCCGCUGUCCUUUCUGGUCCUAGCAUUUGCCGGACAUGCAACCGACCACUUCCAUUUGCUGCACGACUGCUUCUUUGAGGUCCAGACGAAGGUGCAUUUGCGAGUGCACGAGUCCCUAAAGUACAUCACCCAAAAUUCAAGAGGUGUGAAAAGGAAGCUACCCAACAUCAUGCCGACCCUUCAAAAGCACAAGGACCUCAUUCGCAAGCAGCGUCGCGGAAGGACAUUCGUGAGUCACUUCAACCCCAACCUCGAACUCCCGGUCAACAAAUAAGAACAUUUGGUGCCUCGUCUUCAAUUAGAUUCGUUUGUUUCUUUUAUUUUAUACAAGAAAAUUUAUAAAAUUAAUUGUCAUACAUAAUAAUUAAAUUGCUUUUAUUAAAUUACAAAAUAACGACUA